CGCCAUACCGUAAUCAAUUCGGCAACAUCCUAUAACGGCUAUUCCUAUGGAUUGGUUACUACUCACCUAACAGUUGGCUUAUAAGGCAGAAAAAUCGUCGCGUCGUUCAACCAAUCCAUCAGAUUGAGGCCUUUAAAAGCCCGGCAUGUUCAGCUUGUUACCCAAAUGCUGUCCCCCCACUUUUCCUUCAGAACGCUCCCUACAGACGUUCUGCACCUCUGCUCCCGACUCUUUUCCACCGUGGCUCGAGGAACCCAGCGAUGGCAAUGCCCAGACUGCACCGUGAUGGUCUCCCGACGUCAAGAUCUCGACAGACACAUGAAGAUACACUCCAAAGCUGCGGAGAACCACGGUGUUUGUCCAGAUAGUCCGGUCAUACCUCUCCAAAAGAGCAAUCUUGACACUCACAGGCUCAGACACCAUUCUGGUAACGAAGAGUACAAAUGCAUGGACGCCACCGACUGUACUUGGGGCGCAAGUACCCAGGACGCUCUCACUCGACAUCGGAGAAAACACCAAGCCACCAUUCCACCUUGUGGAGACAGUAUUUCCAACGGCACUCCCUUCGAAAUUGAACCCACCGCCGAUCCCUCACCUUCAUCGUGGUUGAACCAUGUCAACGCUCCAGCCGAUGGCACCGACCCUAGCGGAACGUUCGUAGACAGUGGAGCAUCCCCAUUCGACGGACCCUCACGAGUCACACCCGGGAACGAGGAUGACUACUUCUGGACCUCCCCCGAGACAGGCUUCCAACACGGUAAUACACGCUACUCCCCCGAGGCCAAACAGCUGUACCCCGCCGCAAGCGCCGGUCCCUCUCUCGACGAUGAUGAGAUCGUUCCCAUCCCGUCCCUAGGAGGAAAUUUGGAGGAGGUUGGCAUCAGCUUGGUCCCGCUCAUCAACAGCGAUCCCUUUGGAUUAAUAGCAGACGCGAUGGCCAGCAUGAACGCGUUCAACAUGCUUGUCCCUGCUGAGGCUCCCACCGGACCGUAUUACGCACAUGACCCGGAUCCCCACGCGUCUUCAUCUUGGGAUGGGCCGGACUUUGGAAUGGCGUAAUGGACAGUGGGAUUUGGACCGUUUGAGGCCUUUGGACGAGGACCGAUCUACUCGUGGAGGAUAUCGACGAGCGAGGACUGUAUCAUCGUUUACCAUUUAGCAAAAAGUAGGAC